AUGGCUUCAAGUCUACAUCUUCAAGUUGGAACCUUCAAAAGUGCAAUUUUUUUUCAAUAAGUAGUCAAUUUUUAAGAAACGCAAAAAAAAUUUUGUCAAGAAAAAGUGUUGUACUGAAAACCAUCUCUUGCUUUUUUUAUACCUUGAUGGUCCUCAUUUUUUUCAUCUUCUAAAACUACCUGAUCUUGGUAUUUUCCAUUCGUGAUAUUUUUAUCGUGUUUUUUUUUUCGAUUACAGACACCUUUUCCUUAUUUUCAGUUGAACUAUGUACUUUUCCACCGCCCGAGAGAACUACUAAGCCAAUUUUCAUUCUUCAAACUCCUUGAUCAACUAAAAAAACACUGAAAUCCAAGCUCACCAUUACGCUCGCCACUGAGAAGCCGUGCAAGCUGUCGCUGUCGACGUCGAGCGUCGGCGGCGGCGGCUUAGGCGCCACCAUGUCUCCAUCGGCGCCAGCGACGCCAACCUACAUGUACCCGUCGUCUGGAGGCACUAUCUUCGGCCUCCGAUCGCCGAAGACUCCCUUGGCCACGGCGCCGACGUCGCCUGGAGCUCUGAUCGUCCUGCUGGCGGCGAGACCAACGCCGUCGGCCACGUCUUCCGUUCCGAUUACUCCGACGGACUCGCCGAGGACGCCGGUCACGCCUACGCCGACCGCGAACGAUUCUGAACUGGACGACGCUCAUCCGGCCCCGUUGCCUGCCCGAGGCGUCCUUCAGAAGUUCCGGAAGCGACUGCUCAGCGUCGACGGGAAGCUUGGCGCUCUCGCCAGCGCUGCCACUGGAGGAGGAAGUAGUGGAUUUUUACCUUUUUGGUGACCUAGAAAAAUGAUUCUUUUUUUUUACUCAAAGGCUUCAGUAAAGCUUCGUUUCAAAAAUCAAUAGAUUUUUACCAGUUUUAGUGGCGAAGGUAGUGCAUUUUUCUAUUAUCAGAAGAAAAAAUAAGUACCGUCAGAAAAUAAAAGCUCUGUUGAAUUUUGUUUAGAGUUUAUCGGUCGGUCGCCACGGUGCGCCCCGACAGCAGCUCUGGUUUAAACUUUUAAAAAAGUAGUUUUCUCAGAGUUUCAUCGACUCUUUCUCUGAAUUAACGGAACACGUGUAGGAAUUACGUAUUCACAGAAAGACAUGCAUAAUUUGGAAGAAGUCGUUUUGGAUGUCUUUGAUGUUUUUAAUCGAGGCGCAUGGGUGCAUCGGGAGCCAAAGAGAAUUUGAGGGUUUUUCGGAGCGUUCUGGUUCAAAUACUUCAAUUUUUUUUAUUGAUUUUUGAUCAUUCUGUUGAAGGAUAUAUCCUGAGGCUUUAAGGCAAAUUUUAGAGGUGAAAUUUAAUCAAGUUACUUUUUUUUGGGAACUCCUGCCAGUCUGAUCGUCUGCACCCUCUCUUUUCUCACUAAAAGUGAAGAGGUUUCGGUUGGAGAAAAGAGGGCACUGACAUGCCACACUUUCUAAGGCCGAGUCGAAUGAGAAAUAUCAAUAAACAAACUGAUUGUUCUCGAGAAAUUUGAACCCAAUGCUCACUUUAAAUACUUUUCUUUUCGCAUUUCUUUUUCCUAAACCAUUCUUCUUUCAGGCGGAUCGAACCCGAACUCGCCAAGGUCCUCGAUGGACUCGCCACGGCGGCCACUGUUCGUCGACACCCAGCUGGCCAACACCAACGGCGACGCCUCCAAGAAACGGAGUCCAGUCACGACUAUGGUCGACUUCAUGCGAGGACGCAACAGGACCAACUCGGUGAGCAGCCAUAUUUCCGAUAUUCGCUACCUUCUAAGGCGUGGAAAAUCAGUUCUUUGGUAGAAAUGAGCGUCUUGUCCAGCUUCUUUUAGUUCUUUUCUUUGGUCAGACUUUUAUUUUGCAAAAAAAAAACCUCUCGCCGUUCUCAAACCGACCGCGAACCUGAAGAUAAUGAUGGAUGGAAAAAGUUUCGUUAGCGUGAUUCUUGAUGAUUUGGACUGAACCGAACGAUCUUUGAGAAUUGGGGUGAGAGUAGAUCUAUGGUUCUUCUGGGAAGGGUUUUUAUUGGUCAUCAAAUAAAUCACUGGCAAUAAAGAAGUUCAGGCAAGGUAGAAGAUGUUUCAAAUUGAAAAAGGGUCUUCUACGUUAACAGGGUGAUUGAAGGUCUUGGCAAAGCAAAAUCAUUGAAUUUUCGAUUUUUAAGGAAGUGAGGGGAUACUUUCUGAUCCGCGAUGAUCGAUGCUUUAAAGUUCCGAAAAAUGAAUCUUACACGGGAAGUGUGAAAGGUGGAGGUAUUGGAAUUCGAUGAAAUUUUGUAUAUAUACUUGUAUAGAAGAAACGAGUGAUUUCAAGAGAGAUUAUUGGUCAGUCGAUUCGAAUUCUACCUGAUUGAUUGGAGCGACAAAGAUUCAGUUGGAUGGGAUUUGAUUAAGCGUUUGUGGAGCCAGAACGAACUAUCGGAUGUUGUAACAUAGACACGGCCCUUGGCCUCGUGUAGUUUGCUCUCCACUUUUCGUUCUUCACUGCCUUUUUUCUAGUCUUUUUUAUAUUGGAAUUGCGCUGUUUUUUGGGAAGUGUAAGCUCUUUCAAGAUCACGGGCAGACACCAGAAGAAUCUUUUUAGGGCCCGAAGUAAUGAUAAAAUUUUCUACAUCGCCAAUAAGGGGCAAAAAAGUCUUCUCUAUGCUUUUUCUUUCCCCCCCUCCCCCUUUUUUUUUCGUCGACUCUACAGUUCUUCUUUUUUCUGAAAUUUGUUCCUUAUUUUCAUAAUCUUUUUAAUUUUUCAAAAGUUUCCUUUCCAAUAAAAAUUACUGAGAAGAGUCCACGAAGUUUUUUUGGAACACUUUUUUUCAAAAAAACCUCAUUUAUGAGUCUUUUUUUCUAUUACCAGUAGCGUAAUUCAUAUAUAACAGUUGCUCAUCAGUUUUAAGAAAUCUUGAAAUUCGCUUGAAACGGAGAUGAAAAAAAUAACUUCAUGUGAAAAGUUUAAAAAAAUUUCGACCCUUAAAAAAAUUGAUAAAUAAUCUAAACGUGGUUUGCGUCUUUGAUUUUUUCAUUAUUUGACAAUUUUGGCCAAGCGACGCUUCCUGCCACGUCUUCAUGAUUGCUGUUAGUUUUUUUUUUCGAAGUUUAUCUUUGACUUUUCUGGGGUAUAUGUCAAAAGAGCUGCGAAAAUCGAGCCUCCUCACUGUUUGAGAUAAAACUGCCAGCGAAAAAUGGGCUGCCGAAGAAAUUGCCGGGAAAAAACAGCUGAGAGAAACGAGCUGCGAAAAUUUUGCCCCCCGUUGGCAGGUUAAUCGCGCGACUGUGCGCUCCACCGACAGCAGCAACAAAAGUUUUUUGAAAAGUCGUUCUAUUCGACGCUUUAUUAUCUUGAAAUCAAGUUUUUCUUUUUCAUUUUUUUAAUGGUUUUUAAAUUACAUUGUUGAAUCAUUGAGAGUAAGUUUUGAAACGUCAGAAAAAAGGACAAGACAAAAAUUCAGAAGUGAGAAAAAAUGAUAGCUAAGAUACAUAAUUUUUUCCAGAUUUUGCGUUUAAUGAUCAAUUAAAAAUUUUAAUUGCGCGUUGCAUAUUGAAAAUGAUGAACAUAACAAAAUAUCAGUUUAUUAAAAAAAAAACCUAAAAUAGAACAAAAUGUGAGCAUGACAGGGUUUCCCGAUGAAAAUUGUCUUCAUCUCUCGUGAAGUUGCGGAACCAAUACUCGAACUUAUCCUCAUCGCAAGAAUUCAAUCAAUCAAUCCACCCUGAUUGCUUUUAAGCGUCCUGAAACAUUUUUUUUUCAUUAUUAAAAUGUUUUUCAGACUCUUAUAGACUGACUUCGCCCGAUUUCAUUCGAAGCGGAAAUGAAAUAGAAUUUUUCUACACGAGAUCACAACAAAAUGAAGAAGAAAAUGAAUGAAAACAAAUAGGAAAUAACAAAAAUAAUGAAAAUAUUUUUCCGAAAAUUCAAAAUCUGUCGUCGGUGCGUUAUCGGUGGAGCGCAAUAUGUAGUCAACUAUUUUGCCAACGGUGGGCAAAAUUUUCGCAGCUCGCUUUUCGCUGGCAAUUUUAUCGCUGGCAAUUUUUUCAUCAGCUCAAUUUUCUUAGCUCGAUUUUCACAGCUCUUUUGACAUAUACCCCUUUUCUGUCAUUUCGUCAGAAAAUGCUAAUUUUUUAGAUGAAGUUUUGAUUUUUAUCGAAAAAAAGUGGAAAAAGCUUAGUGGUCAUUUAAGAAGUCUCUCAAGACUUGGAGAGGACACUAAAGUUGCCACUAAAAAAAACUCCAUAGAAGCCACUUUUUUCUGUCGUUGUGGCCACUAUAGUAGUUUUUAUUGAUCCUGGAGUAGAAUUCUGAAGUGGCCACUAAAUUUUAGUCACCUAAGGGGCCACUAUUUUGACCACUAAAUUGGUCACUAAUACGUCGAAACCCUAAAGCGCUCGCUGGAAAAUUUCUCAGAAACGGAUUUUUAGUCUUAAUUUGAACAAAUAAGACGUUGUCUCCAUUCACAAACUUCGUUCCAACCAAACUAAAGAAAAAUGAAUCGGUGACCGAUUGGAUGAUAGAUGGAAACUUAUCGUUUCUCUUCCUUUUUUUUCUUCUUUUUCCUGAUAACCGUGACGAGAUUCGGCCAAACCAAGUUUCGCACGUGACGGAUUCUCUUGACCGCCCUUGAACUUUUCCAUUUUUUGUUCCUAUUGCUUGUCCAUAAAUUUUGCUGACAAAUAUUGUUAAUUUAGAGUUUUUUUCACCAUUUUCGGAAGUUCUAAAUUUUAACCUUUUUAUCCAUCCAGUAGUCAAAAAAAUAAAAAAAUAAAAUAGGUUUCCAAUGACUCAAAAUAGUUUUCAACAUCGAAAAUCAUUUCAAACCUUAAUUAGCCAAUGAAAAACAUGUUGCUUACAAGUUUCAUAACGCGAUUCCCGCUUGGAAUAUCCGGAUUACACGUUUCCAAAGAUUAAAAACAGGCUAUUCCCAUCCUUUUGCAAGGUUUCAAGCUAAUCUUUUCGAAAAAAAAAAAGAAAAUUUUGACUUUUAGUCUUUUUGUUGGGCUGUUUGAACAUCUGGCCCUUUUCACUCUCUCGAUAAUCUUUUUCCAUUUUUUCUCCUUGUAUGGAACUGGUAUUCUAUCUUCUCAUUUUCUCCUCUUUACAAAAUUUUCAACCUAUGGUCGCAUUUUGGAAUGGCUUGGAAACGACUUAAUUUUAGAGCUACAUUUUGUUGUUUUUUACGGAAUCUCUUAUGUUAAGUCUUUCCCCGUGAGGUCGUGACGAAUGAAUUUUCAUGUUAAAAUUAUUUUCUUUUUCGUGGAAUUUUCGUUCCUACUUUCCCGAAUACUUCUUUUAAGGAGCUCUACUAUAUUUUUUGUACAUUUCAACUUUUUCUCGCUAAUCUCUCGAGAAAUCCUGAAUGUACGUUGUUUCGAACCCACAGACGCGGCAAAUUAUUGCUUUCAAGGUAAAUUUUGUUCGUUUACUGGACUCUUAUAGUUUAGGUUCUACUGACCUUCCGUCAAUUUUCAAUGUAAAAAAAUGUUUAAUAAUUGGAAAGAAAGGCUUGAGAAAGACCGGUGGAGAAGUUUAAAUCAAAAUGAAGCUCAAUUUUUAAGUUUUUAAAAAAUUUUAGAGGGAUUUGGGUUAAGCAAUAAGUCUUCAAGUGGGUAGCAGGCAAAAGAAAUUGAUUGUAGCCCUAUUCUGAUUUUUUUUUUGAAGGUUCAAAUCUUCAAAACUCACUGAGAAGGGUAAUAUCAUUGAAUAUUUAACCAGAGUAUAAUGUUUGAAAAGUGAAAAGUGAAAAUUUACUACAAAUUGAGAACUCAGAACGAAAAAAAAUUUCAAGUCUCCAAUGAACAAAUGAGACGGUUAUCGGGAGGAUAAAAAGAAAAAAUAAAGAUUUUAAAAUCAAAAAGUUGAACUUAAAUACAGCUGUUCUUUGAUUUUGAUUCCCAUCUUUUGCAGCUUCAACUGUCGAGUAGCCCCUUGGUUUCGCCUCAAACGAUAGCCGCCCGUACUUCGGCUUCCGUCGAUGGACAAGCUAGUAAGUUUCCCAAAAAACAGUUUGUACAACUUGUUAGUUUUUGAGGAAGGACACUUCAAAGUCGGAGAAAACCGUGAAAGUAGGCAAUUUUAAGACUUUGAGUCCUAUUUCUCAAAAACUAGAAAGUUUUGCAAAUUUUCAUCUGGGACUCUAAGAAGUCUUCCGAAAAAAUUUCAAGAUACCGCGCUGGGGAAACCCUAGUGGACACUUAAGAGUUUUUUCAAAGAAUAAUUGGAAAGGACACUAAAGUGGCCACUGCAAACACCUCUAUAGUAGCUACUAUUUUGUGGCUUAGUGGCCACUAUUUUAGUUUUCAGUGGUUUAGUAGCACCACUUAGAUUUCUAAACAAAAAUUCCAGUCCCUUAAGUGGCCACCAACUCAAAUACUAUAGUAGCCACUAAAACUUCAAAACCCUAAAGGGCCCACUAAACAUUUUCCCAGCAAAGUAAAAUGACAUGCCUUGUAAGAAAAGAGUUUUGUGGUUUUGAGUGUUCUCCCCGGGCCGCCGGCCGCCACUCUCUCGGCUCUACCAACGGAGCUCCUUCGGUGGCACCAGCGGCGGCAACGGCGGAAUGAAAAGUUUCGAUUCCGGACUGGAUCUGACCUCGCCGACCAUCAACCACACGGCUCUUCUCAUCAAAGAAGUACGAGGCCCCUUCUUUUCUUUUUUAGACAGGAAAAGCUCCAAGUAUAGUAAUCGAAAACAAUCGGAUUGGGAGAAGGAGUCGAAUCUAUUCAAUAUUUGGAAAUGA